AUGUCUACCGGGAUCAAGGACGUGACCAAUGAACGCAGUUGUGGUAUUUUUCGCGGAGCUUACAAUGAUGUCGCCUACAGAUACACGGCUACAGGGACUCAUUGCGACACAACCGCUGAGCAAGCCACUAUAGGAGGGGCGAUCGAGCACCAUAUCAAAGAGAUCGACGGCGGAAAGGUGUGUGGCAUGGAAUGCUUGAACCUGAGCCACGGGGGGACCUGGAGCGGCUAUCUCCUCAUUGGACCCAGGAGUAGCUUCGACAACAGUGUCUAUUGCGGACCCACCCUCAGCUUUAAUCACUGUGAUAGUGGUGGUAAGAAUGACUUUGUCUAG